GAAUCCCUGAGUCUAGGCAAUUCAUCGGAUAGCUUCGUCCUUUGCAUGCAACUGCCCUGUCCAGAGCUCACAUCGUCUUCCCCUCCUCCAAAUUCCAGGAUAGUUCAGUAGACAUUCAACAUGCGUUAUCUCUGUCUCCAUGGCAUGGGCACAAAUGCCAACAUCUUCGAUUUUCAAACAGGACCCCUCCGCCACGCUCUUGGUACCCACGAUGAAUACCAGUUUUACGAGGGCGAUCACGACAUUGAGCCUGCCCCUGGCAUAUCCAACCUGUUCCCACAUGAAGCAACAAAAGCAUGGUACGCUCCAUCUCUAGGCUCCCACACCCAUUCCGAAGCCAAAGAGUUUAUCCGUGAGAUCAUCGAAACGGAGGGUCCAUUCGAUGCAUGCAUCGGAUUCUCCCAAGGUGCGGCUCUGCUCGCAAGUGUGAUCUUAGAUCAUCAAGAAGAAAAUCCGUUUGGCGAGGGGCUAUUCAAAUUCGCGGUCUUCAUCUGCGGGAGUAGUGGUUUGAGUGUUUCCACAACCACCUCGGGGGCUUCGACGCCAUUGCGUUCGGGUGCAAAUUCCCCCUUUUCGCAAUCCGCGACUUCUCUGACGUCUGAUGAUGGGGAGUGGAGCAAGAUUGAUCCUGUGCAGCUCAAGCUAGACGGGAAGAGGAUUCGCAUCCCGACAGCUCAUAUUUACGGUUCAAAAGAUGAUGCAUAUGAUGAGAGCCUACGGUUGCGGGAUAUGUGUGAGGAGAGCGGAGGUCGGAGGGUUGAGUUCGAUCACAGGGGAGGGCAUGAGAUUCCGAGGGAUCGGAAGACGACUAUGGAAAUGAUGAGGGUGGUGCAGAGGGUUAUUGGGAAGGUCAUGGCGAGUUGCUAAGUCGUUGGAAAUCCUUAUAUAGAUUAGAUCAUACUGUGUGGCAUAUUGUCAACGCUCAUGUUUG